AUGGCGGAAAGAAAGAAUCCUCCAUUUUUUUCCAGAUUACAGUGGGAUAUAUAUGGCUACAACUACACAUCUUAUGAUGCAAAGUAUGAAAAUGUUACCAUAAGUAACGAUAUAAUGUGGAAAACAUUGGAACAAUUUCGGAUGCAGAUGGCUACGCUAGAUCGUUCCAGCCUUGACCAUAUAUCACAGCCGUAUAAGGAAUUCUUUCUUCUAUGCAAUUUUGCAGGGGAAGAAUGCGAUAGUGAAACGAUAAUCCAAAUCAGGUCUUACAACUAUGGAAUGUGUUACAAGUUCAAACCUCAGAACGUAAAAGCCCUCGAACCACACGGCAAAGUAGCGGGUACAGGUCCAAAGUAUGCUUUGGAAUUGCUACUCAAUGUUGAUCAGAGGGAGAGCAUACCACUCGUGACGUCAUCAGCAGGUGUUGUUGUAGGAACGGACGCAGAAAGCUGGUAUUUCCACGAAAAUCACGGCGUUUUCAUACCAACUGGCUUUGAAACAAAUAUUGCGCUAUCGAGUGUUUCAAAACAGAGAGUUCCAGGAUGGGGUAAAAAAUUGCGCUGCAAGGAUUCGAGUAAUGGGCUGACACUGUUGGAUUGUCAAAAAGAAUGUAAACUAGAAGACAUCAGUGAAAAGUGUGGUUGCUAUCUGUAUUUCUUUCAAGUCGGUCAUAUAAAUGGGUCUGUGUCCUCAAACAAUACAGUUGAUCAAGAAACAGGUUACGUACCGUGCUAUACUGCAGAACACUAUGAAUGUAUCCAGAAUGUUCAUGCCGAAUACAUGCGAGAACCAGCGGAGAAAUGUGCCGAUUGUAUACCACCAUGCAGUGUGAAUUGGGGAGUGGCCUGUGUUCGAUGUAUGGCUCUGGUUGUAUUUCGGGCACUUAAUGCUUCCACUACAGUGUGUAUUUGGGAGUGGCCUGGUGUUCGAUGUAUGGCUCUGGUUGUAUUUGGUGCACUUAAUGCUUCCACUACAGUGUGA